AUGUGUAUCGCAUUGGUCUCGACCGCACACCCUGCGUAUUCACUCAUUGUGAUUGACAACCGUGAUGAAUUCCUUCGACGGCCGACCUCAUCGGUCGAUUGGUGGCCAGAGCCGGCUUCGUUUGUCCUCGGGUCGCGCGACAUGGCGCGAGAAGACCACGGCACAUGGAUGGGCGUCACUAAACAGGGCAAAGUAGCGGUGCUCACCAAUUUUCGCGAAGAUCACUGUGCCCAGGCUGUCGGUGUGCAAAGCCGCGGUCGCAUCGUCAACAGCUGGCUCACCGGAGCCCCGGAGCAGAACCAGACCACCCUCGACUUUGUGCGAGACAUGGUCGCCAGCCCAGCCACCAAGCAAGUCGGUGGGUUCAGCCUGCUUUGUGGCCGACUGAGUGAGCCUUUGGCGAUUGUCUCCAAUCGGUCCACGGAUUUGGACCAAAUCACCUGGGUUGCCGCCGAGAAGAACCAAACCCGGGGGCUUAGCAACACCAGCUUCGAUGACCGCACUUGGCCGAAGAUUCUCAAUGGCGAGCAGCUUAUGGAGCGUGCCAUCAAGGAUCAUGCGCAGGCCCAAGAGGACGAAGAGGCCCUUUUGUCACGACUUCUCGGAGUGUUGAGUACCGACUCCCUGCCACGCUUGCCGGAGGGAGCGAGCGUCGAAGAGUACAUUGCACAUCUCCGACACAGCAUUUUCGUCCCUAAGCUCGGGCAGGAUGACGAGAUUGAUCCAGCAGCAGGAGUUGCUGCUGCCCGCGUGGAAGACGAAACGAAACAACCUCGGGUCCAGGACUAUCUGUCCGGGCCGUAUGGGACACAGAAGCAGACAAUUCUGCUAGCUCGGCCCGAUGGUCGAGUUCGGUACUUUGAGCGAACUCUAUACGACAACAAUGCACAGGCCGUGCCUACCGGGACGGGCGAUCGGUCCUUUGAGUUUCACAUCGAGCAAUAG